CUCUCUCGCUCUCUCAAUUAACUCCCACACACUCUGCAAUACCGAUGGCUUCCACCCAUAAAGGAUCUCGAAGGGACGACUUUGGUAUAGGAAUCCCCAAUAAUUCUACCGAUUCUUGGACAUCAGAUGGUUACUCUAACUAUUCUGGGCCCGAUCAAGUUUCCAACGAACUGCCACCCGAUAUCCGUCCUAAGAAAACGGGAUAUGUCAAACGGACACCCUCCUUCCCGGACCCCUAUAUUCAAAACAGGAGGAGGAAACAGCCUGCCAUUGACCUCACCGCUUCAUCUGAGGACUUAGGUCCACCAGAACCUCGCGAUACCAGUAAAUCGCAGUCCAAUCUCCGACAUGGUUUUGGUUCAACGCAAGAUCAAGGAGCUCGUGGCCCUAAACUAUUCAAUUAGAGCAAUUAUUUUAGGCCAGGCAAAGGUGGUCGCACUGGAAAUGAUUGCCUUCAUGCUGAUAUGUACGAUGAAGACCCGCUGGACGAGCCCAUGCUCUACAUUAGUCCUGACAUCUUCCAGGAAAUAACAAUGGCUAACAUGCGAACAAUACAUGAGGAGCUGGCUAAGUGUAACCAGAAGCUGAGUGACAUAUACGAGUGUCUCCCACCAGCGGCAUAUGGGUCUGCAACAGGUACUUCUCAGGCAAAGGGACUGACCGCUAAACAAAUUAAUCUGACACUGCACCAUUCUCCAAGGCUACUCUCCCAUAAUUCAGGUUAGUGUUGCACUUCCAAUCAUGGAAAACCUUGACAAGUACGUUUUUUUUUAAUGCAUACAGGUUAUCCAAAAACAUCGGACUUUUCAUAAUCUGAAUUAGUGCUUAAUGCUUUUGUGUGGUUAAUGCUUUAGACUCAAAUAGGACGACUUUUGUAUGCUUAGCUUCGUACAAUCUUCAUAAUCUUGCAAUCAACAUCUACAUGUCUAGUUGUACAUUUUUGUUUGAUAUAUUUUCACUGUACAAGUUUAAAACUCCUCUCAUUGAUGAUUGUUCGCUAUUGUAUGUCUGCCAGGCAUAUUAAUAGGUGCUUAAAUCUCCUCUUAG